AUGCCGUACGUCAAGACACCGCAGAACGAGAGUUUCCCUCCUUGGACAUGGUCGGAAGCGCCCCUCCUCACAGGCUCUUCACGCCACGAGCCUAACCCUGAGAUCCGCAACAUCAUGAUCACUGGCGGAGCUGGCUUCAUCGCUUCUUGGGUCGUUCGUCAUCUCACGACUACCUAUGGUGGCCACUAUAACAUCGUCUCCUUCGACAAGCUCGAUUAUUGUGCAUCUUUGAACAACACAAAUCAACUGAACCACCUCGAGAACUUCUCUUUUUACCAUGGAGAUAUCAUGAAGGCGGAUGAGGUCUUGGGUUGUCUCCGAAAACACAAGAUUGAUACCGUUAUGCACUUUGCAGCACAAUCUCACGUCGACCUCUCCUUCGGAAACUCGUAUGACUUUACAUACGCCAACGUCUACGGCACUCAUGUAUUGCUAGAGUGCAUGAAGACGUAUGGAAUCAAGAAGUUCAUCCAUGUAUCUACGGAUGAGGUCUAUGGUGAAGUCAAAGAUGGAGCCGAUGAUCUUCUCGAAGAUGCCAUCCUCGCCCCUACAAACCCAUAUGCCGCAUCCAAGGCCGCCGCAGAGAUGAUGGUACAUGCUUACUACAAGAGUUUUAAGCUGCCCGUCAUCAUCGUCCGCAGCAACAACGUCUAUGGUCCUCACCAAUUUCCUGAGAAGGUCAUCCCAAAGUUCUCGUUGAUGCUGCAGCGCGGCCUGAAGCUUCCCUUACACGGUAGCGGCGACAAUACACGCCGCUACUUGUACGCAGGCGAUGCAGCAGAUGCCUUCGACACCAUCUUGCACAAGGGCGAGAUCGGUCACAUCUACAACGUCGACUCGCACGACGAAGUCUCUACCAUCGAUCUCUGUGCCCACCUGCUCCGCUUGUUCGGUCUGCCUCAUUCCACGACCGAGGAUCUUUACAAACAUGUUAUUCACACUCAAGACCGUCCCUUCAAUGACCAUCGUUAUGCCGUCAAUGGAGACAAGCUGCGUCAAUUGGGUUGGGAACAGAAGACUCGCUUCAAUGAAGGCCUGCGAAAGACCGUGCAAUGGUAUCAAAGGUUUGGCUCGACCUGGUGGGGCAAUAUCGAGAGCAGAUUGCAGCCCUUCCCCGAGCCUGUCACGCUCAAGGUGCAAGCAGACAAGAAAAGAGCGGACUCACACGUAGCUGUCACAGAGGUCGCUGCGGAUAUCGAGGUGUAA